ACUAUUAAAUAGGUAAACAUGAAGUAAUACUCUUAUAAAACAAAGAGUGUAGCGAAAAACAGAUAUUAGUGCCCAUUCGAACAGCUGUUGGCUGUUACCUCCCCCAACCGCAAAAGCUGCUGUCAAAUAAACGUCAAAACAGUCGCGCGACUCGCCAGGCGAAAGAAAAGUGCUGAAAAAGUGAAAUGAGGCGUUAAAGGCACUAGAAAAACAAAUAACUAACCGGGGGAAUACAACCAAAUCGCAUAUGUACAGCGGAACCAAAGUGUAGCAAUGGGCGACAAGGAGGAGCCCGUAACACCCGCUCCCUCGCCCACGGAGGAGGGAAUGGUCAACAUAGGGGCUGCUGGAGCCGCUGGGGAUCAGUCCCAAACUUCGGGAAGCAAUACCAACGUAAAGAUCGUGAUCAUCGGAGCCGGAAUGGCGGGACUGUCGGCCGCCAAUCACCUUCUACAAAACGGCUGCGAGGACUUCAUCAUUCUGGAGGCACGGGGCCGGGUGGGCGGACGUAUAGUGUCCAUACCGCUCACCAAUAAUCAGAAGAUUGAACUGGGCGCCAACUGGAUACACGGCGUCCUGGGCAACCCCAUCUUCGAGUUGGCCGUGCAGCAUGGUCUAGUCAGCGUGGUAAACGUACCAAAACCGCACAAGGUGGUGGCCACUACGGAGGAUGGCCACCAGUGCCGUUCAGCAUACUGCAGGAAUCUACGAGGCGUACGUCUGUUUUUGAGGCGCUGCGAUGAGUAUUUCCUGUGUCAGUACAGCCCGCCACCGGAUAUUCACAGCGUCGGUGAGCACAUCAACUACGAGAUCGAGAUCUACCAGGGGGUGCAGGAUCCUAAGGAGAAGCGCCUGAAGCAGUCCAUCUUCAACUGCCUGCUGAAGCGGGAGACCUGCAUUACGGGAUGCAAUAACAUGAACGAGGUGGAUCUCCUCGAACUAGGCAGCUACACGGAGCUACAGGGUGGCAACAUAGUGCUGCCGUCUGGUUACAGCUCUAUCCUGCGACCGCUGGGUGCCCAGAUACCCAAGCAGUAUCUGACCAAAUGUCCAGUGAAGAAAAUUCACUGGAAGCGAAAAAAGACAUUUACCGGACUGGAGACGGUCGAUGAGAACUCAGAGGACGAGCACUCGGACGACUCGGAGCGAACAGUGACGGAAGUGCCCACGGGGGGACUUCGUGGCGGCUCCGUGGAGUCUAACUCCAGCGGCAAUUGUGAUUCUCCUGCAGGACAUGUGCGCGUAGAUUGCGAGGACGGUCGAGUGUUUCAUGCCGCCCAUGUGAUAUGCACCAUACCGCUGGGCGUGCUGAAAAGCAACCAUCGAACUCUCUUCGAUCCUGUGCUGCCGCUUAAACAGGAGUCCAUCGAGAAUCUCAUGUUCGGCACCGUUGACAAGAUCUUCUUGGAGUACGAACGGCCAUUCCUUAGUGCCGAUAUAUCAGAGAUUAUGCUGCUUUGGGAUGACGAUAAGCGGGAUAUGAACAGCACCGAGGAGGUGGCCAGCGAAGCGUAUCUGAGCAAGAAUUGGUUCAAGAUAUACUCGUUUGCCAAGAUGACGGAUACACUGCUGCUGGGCUGGGUUUCGGGUCGAGAGGCGGAGUUCAUGGAGACACUGCCCCACGAGGCGGUGGCGGAAAAGUGCACGGAAAUACUGAGAAAUUUUCUACAGGAUCCCUAUGUGCCCAAACCAAAGCGAUGUGUGUGCACUAGUUGGAAGUCGCAGGACUUUACCGGCGGGGCCUACACCUCGAUACCCGUAGGGGCCACUCAGGAGGACAUCGAAAACCUCGCCCAGCCCCUAUACGCCACGCCUCAGGCCAUGAAGCCCGCCAUAGUCUUUGCCGGAGAGCACACCCAUUCCAGUUUCUACUCUACUGUACACGGCGCCUAUCUAAGCGGACGGACGGCAGCGCAGCAUUUGCUGGCCAGCGAGGAGCCAGACGAGAUCAUCAUGGAGUCGGAAGGCAGCGACCUGAGCGCCUGGAUACAGGGCAUCGCCCUGGACUGAGUCUAAGCAAUCAACGACCACUCAUCGAUUUUGUAUUAUAAUUUAUUACCGUUUUUCGUACACUCUUCAAUGCUUUUUAGCUAGUGAUAUUUCAUUUUUUCGAUUGUAAUUUAUUUUGCUAACGUCGUAAAACGAUUUAACUAUUUUUCGUACAUCCCUUGUGAGCAUUUGUUUUAUUUUGUUGAUGCAAUUAUUUUGUAAUUUAUUUGGAACCCGCUUGUACAAUACUAUAAAUAAAAGUAACGAUUUAGCUGAGCUGAUCAAUGUGCUGCCAACUCUAACAAAUCGUGCACUCGCAGCAGCUUUCAAUGUACUUGGACGAAAUGUGUGCACAAAAACAUAAUGUUGUUUAGACCUAAUUACCGAUUAGCAAACAUAAGUACAUAAAUACAAACAUAAUGCCUAUUUUUAUAAAUUCGUAUUUAAAGUAGAAAACGUUGCACCGAGUUGGAAUUGAGACGGUCGGUAUCUGAGUGCAACAAAUGUAUAUUUAAAAGUAACUAUUGUUAACGUUGACUAUUUUGCUAACUAAUUUAUGCAUUGGUUGAAUCUUUAAGACGGGAAACGAGAGUUGAUAGUCUAAGUCCGUUUUAACUAUUGGAUCAGCAUAAUUAUUUGUAUUUGUGACAAAAAUAUAUCGACAUGUACGCAUAAAUAAAUAAAAGAAGACGCUAAA